UCAGGUAUGAAAUGGACCAUGAAAAAGCCAAGGUUGAAUCCAGAAACUGCGUUGAUCGUGAAAAAUGCUUUUGGAGAUUUGGGCAAAAAAGCUUGGAGCUUUGCCAGCAUGAUGUUUCUGAUAACCCUUAAGCCAGGGACUAUGGAUAUGGUUGCUGGACACACCAUGGCUAUCUGCAUUGCUACAUUCAUUUUCGCUAAUUCUAUCGGCUCGUUAAUAGACCGGAUCCAAAGGUUGACUGCUAUCCGGCUCGCUAUAGGAGGGCAGGCUGUGGGAGUAGCUGUUAUAGCUGUGAUGGCUAUAGCGGUCCAAGUGAAGGGGGAUAUACUGGAGUGUGUUCCAGUAGAACUUUACGCUGUUUUUACACUGUUAUGUGUGAUGGAUGUAAUCUCAAAGCUAGCUAAAGAGGCGAGUAAUAUAAUCAUAGGGCGAGACUGGAUAGUGACUGUAUGUCGUGGGGAUAGGGCUAAGUUAGCUAAACUUAACGUAUGGUUAACCAGGACUGACGAACUGUUUGGGAUUGUGGCUCCUUUAGCAAUAUCUUUCCUCAGACAGGUUCUGUCCAUGAUCCAGACGACCCUUAUUGGAGCAAGCUGCUACUUUCUGUGCACGUGUAUUCAGUACUCUCUGAUAAUGUACGUGUAUAAACAUGUUGAGGGAAUCAGAGCUAGAGACGAGGGCAAACGACCCAAACGUAAAGGAAGGCGAAAAAGUGGACAAAAUUCGGAAGCUGCAAUAUCAGGGAGAGACGCUAAACCAAAACUAGAACUGAAAAAUGAUAUCGAAAAGGCUGACAAAGAUGUAGCUAACAGAAAAACUACCAAUAAAGACAGGUUAGAGCGGAGUUGGUUACCAAGUGACUUACAAAGGGCACCAAACAACCAGGAGCAACGUGAUGCCCAUAUAAGGGAACAACGUGAUGCCCAUAUAAGGGAACAACCCGGUUAUAGGAGGAGGAAACUGUCACCUGACCCUGCUGAAAAGUGUGAUAUUGAGGAAGACACUCAGGGCAAGGGUAACAGAGGAAGAGGAAGAGGGAGAGGAGGAGGGAGAGGUGAUCACAAGAAUAGAGCUACAGAGCAGCAGAACUCUGGUACUCCACCUGACUACCCUUCAGUCGAGGUUCGAGGAAGAGGCAAACAUUCUAGAGGAAGAGGCGGGUUGAAGAAACCAGGGAAUGACUCCCCCGGACAAUUAAAGAAAUCCGAGCCACCCAAACGACAGUCAAGAAAACCCAAUGUGUUCAACCUGAGGGGGCUUCUGGACAACUUUUCCAAAUUCUUCUCCUACCGAAUAGCUCUGGCAGGAGUCUGCUCCUCCAUGCAGCAUCUGUCUCUGGUUACGUUCGGGAUAGUUACUAUGCUCUAUUUGAGGACUCAAGGACUGAAUUUUGUGUACUUGGGAGUCUCCCGUUCGUUGUGUGGGGUUAUCGCUAUCAUCGCUUCCUUUGUCUACCCUUCCUUCGUAAAAAAGAAUGGUCUUGUUUUGGCCGGGUGGUUAGGAUGCUGUAUUCAGUUCAUUGCAUGUUUUGGUGCACUUAUCUCAAUGUACCUACCCGCCUACGAAAUUGCUUCAAGUUCAGCAGCCGGUGUUUCAAUUGACAGGUGCUUUGUAAAAGUUCCGAUCAAUGAAUCCUACCCUCUUCUAGACUACGACUCUAAGUUCGGGGUGGUUGAUGAUAACUUCUACCUCGGAGAUAUGACUGAAAGGAAAGACAGAAACAGAAAUGGAACAAUGCCUGAUAAUGUCAGGGUGAUAGGGUUGCGACCCACCAACAAUUUGAGUAGCCAUAUUCUACCUAAAACUCGUCCGGGACCCGUUAACAUAAGUGUGUCCAACAACACAGACCAGAAACCUCCUAAAGGUAAAAAGAAACCUCCUCCCAAAGGAGGACGAGGUGAUGACACUAAAGAACGAGGUGGUCCUAAAAAUAACACUAAAAAUACUGAAGAGGACAAAAUGUCACCUUCAUUAGCUGCUUUUGUACUACUAGGAUCCCUUCUAUUUGGGAGAUUUGGAACGACUCUCUCAAAGGUUUCAAUACAUCAGCUGUACCAAGAGGAAGUUCCAAGACACGAGAGAGGUAUGAUAGCGGGUGUCCAGGUAACAAUGAACACUUUCUUCACUACAAUCUCAAUGUCCCUGGUGCUCUACGCUAGCACCCCGACUAACUUCAUCUACCUGGUGUGGAUGAGCAUUGUGGUGGAGGCUGUCAUCUUCAUUUUGUAUUCUUACUUCGCUUACAGCUACACUUUCAGAAGAGGAGGAAUCAGUGAUAGAGAGGGAACACAACCUAAAAUUUUAGAGGAAGAUGACAACGUCACUAUAAGUCUGACUUCACUGACUCUUGAAGAUGGUCACGAAGAAACACUAGAGCUUCAGGAAGAUUCUUUGAGCACAGAGAAAUGUCCCAUAUAUCAAGUGUAACUGGUGGACACAUUUAUCUUGUCAAUACCGGGUUUUUAAAAGAAUUUUUGGAUUACCGGAUUAUUUUUAUGAUCACAUGGACCACUAACUAAUACAAAUGUGAAACAUCGGUAUACAAUUCCCAUUUUGCACUGAUCAAAGAUGAAACUUUUUAAUUAUCUUUUCGAUAUAUUUACAUACCGAUACAUCUUUCUACCUUUAUUGGUUUCAAACAGUUACACUUUAAUCAGAGGGCAUUGUUCAGUGUAUUUCUUAUGUGUGUUCGCUGAAUGUAAUCGAACUCUCGAGUCUCGAAGUAUUGUUUAUAUCACGCCAAGUAAUUAACUUAUGAUUAUGAAACAUGUGGACUAAUAAUAUAAGGAACCGCAUAUUACGUUCACCUUUGCGGCGUCAUGCCAGCUUAGGACUAAGGGGAUUUGGAGAAGCUUGGAACUUGUACACAAUUCACAAGUGGCUUAGGGAGGAGAAUGGGAGUCUAAAAUGGCCAGAACAUACGUAAUAUGUAAACGAUCCCUAAUAUGAACACAAUUCUACGAUACUUUCAUUUUGUAUUAUCACAUGCU